CGCGCCGCCUCUUCAGAUUUGCAUCGCUCUCGCACUGAAAGCGCAGAACAGCUUGUGAGAGAGACAACAUGGCACUGUUGCCGCUGCUCAACCGUGGUUCCUGGGGCCCCUCUGACUUGGUGAGGCGUUUCUUGAAUGACGACUUCGGCGGUUCCUUCCUGGACGGCGAGCUUUUCGACCCGCCUUUCUACCACCAGCGGUUUUACAUCCAGCCGCAGCACCAGCAGCCAUCAGCCGCCGUCUGCCCCGCCCAGCAGGGCACUUCUGUCGCCUGCACGCCGGACAAGUUCGCCAUCAACGUUGACACCAGGCACUUCACUCCGGAGGAGAUCACCGUGAAGACGCAGGACAACUGCGUCGUCAUUCACGCCAAGCACGAAGAGAAGUCCGACGACCGCGGCUGCUACGUGAAGAGAGAGUUCACCCGCCGCUACGUCCUGCCCGAAGACGUAGACCCCGAGUCGGUGAAGUGCCAGCUCAAGCCCAACGGACUGCUCUCCCUGGAAGCACCGAGAAAGAACGCGCCCAAGGAGCAGCCCAAGGCCAUCCCGAUUGAAGUGAAGCACGAAGGCGCCAGCGGUGACGUCGCUAAGAAGUGAGCUAGCGCGCAUAGCGACUCUAGUCACUUGUGUGGUGAGAACAGUUCUUGGGUUCUGUCAUAAACUGCCCGGUGCCUGUUGCGGAGAAACCAAACGGAAAUCUCCCGCGUUUGUACUGCCUCGAUUUUUUUUUUUUUUUUUCUGCUAGUUGAGAUGACUGCUGCAUCGUUCCUCUGUACUUCGUACGUGAAUAAACAUGUGAAGCAUCGUUUUCGCUGCAA